AUGGGAGGAGUCGGAGGGUUUCUGCAUAUCACUUCCAUCUCAAUCAUUUUCGAAUACAUUACCAGUGUCGAUCAAUUUCAAAGGAUCAAGACUGUAACGUUCAUUUUCAUUGCUGUCGUUGAACAAACUGCACCCAGCAAGAAGCGAAGCAGCUUCGCCCGAGAAAUGGCUACAACAAUGGACCCCGAAGACUACACUGUAGUUCCGAUUCCGUUUUUGAAUGCCACUGUGAGCAAUGUCGAGCUGAUGGCCAGAGUCACCGUCGUCUUUGAUGCACCGCUGUCCUUUGAAAAGCUGCACGCUGCCUGGAUCACAGCUCUCCAGGUCCGGCCGAUUAUGCAAGCCCAAAUGAAGAAGUGCGACGCGGCACCGUCCGGUCUUGCCUAUCAUGUGCUUACCCCCACCGGAAUGGCCAAAUACUUGGAAAGGCAGAAUCAUGUCCCGGAACAUCUGCGAGACUUUUAUUGCUUGGAUGAAUCGCAUCGAUCCAUUAAGAGUUAUUGCCCUGGUUUCGGUACCAACCCGAAAGAGCCAAGCAAAGCCCAGGGCGGUAUUUUUAUUAGUCAAGGCCCUGAGUUGCCGGACCAAAAGCAAUGUACAGCUUUCAAUGCCGUCGAAAACUUUCAGGAAAUGCUUGACCGGGGCCGGCCGCAGACUACGAUUCAAAUCACACGUUUCAGUGACGCAACCAUGAUUACAUUUUCCGUCAAUCAUGCGUUUGGGGAUCUAGUAACCAUCAAGUCCUUUCUCAAAGCGUGGGAAGCUGCUCUUUGCGGAAACAUUGUUCAGCCUUAUGAGCGGCUAGACGCGGAUCCCUUCAUGGGCUACGAGCCUGGUGGUGAGUUUGCCGCGCAGAACGCGCCCGACAAGAGUCCCGCGCCACCGCCUGGCUGGCAAGUAUACGGUAUGCUCGACAAGGCGCGCUUUUUGAAAAGACAUUUGUGGGACUACUACGUCAAGCGACCCGAAAGCACCAUUGAAGAUCGGCGCAUCUUCAUUCCCAACGAGUUUGUAGAGGCGCUCGAGGACAGAGCGCGCUAUGACUUGACCUUUUUGCAAAAGAGGCUGGACGAGCAGUCUGGAGACAAGGCCAAAGACAGCGGUUCCACGACGGCAAAGAAGGAGAAGAAGAAGAAGAAGAAGAAGAAGAAGGAUUUCUACGUCAGUCGAUCAGAUGUGCUCUACGCCUGGCUGCUGAAGCAUAGCCACGCUCACUUGGCCCCGGAGCAGCCGAGCACCGCAGUGACAAUCUCAAACGGUCGCUUCAGACCGCCAGCAGGCCCAGAGAUGGACCCAAAGAGCCUUGCAGAGAAUGACCUGCUAUGUGGUGCCAUGGCUAUUGCGCUGCCUAGCCUCACAGCCGGCAAAGUCAUGUCGCUGCCGUUGGGCGAGUUGGCGCUGCACAUUCGCCGCGGCAUCAAGGCCAACACCAGCCCCGAAAACAUUAAGAAGUGGCUCAACUUUCACUUCUACCACGGUCUGUGGAAGAGCCCGUCCGGGGAGCUCGCUGUUCCCUGUCAACCAAAUCAUUUUAUCACGGGCGUCACGGACUGGCGGGCGGUGCGCUUGGGGCAAGUCGACUUUACUCCAGCUCGACUGGACGGCGAUAACACCGCGACAGCAGUCUCGGUGUGUGCCAUUGAUGGCCACAUGGUUUUCAACAGCUCACGCCGCGACUUUUAUAUUUGCUUGGGGGAUGUUGAUGGAGGUGUGUGGAUUCUCGGCUUCGCAAGCAAAGAUCAAUGGCAGGAUCCUCGCAGCUUUGGCAAAUACAAUACUGUGCUACGAGAGCCAAAGAGUAAGCUGUAG